UUCACGCUUUGUGCUUUUAAUGAAUUCUGACCUUCAGUUGGGUGAAAGUGAGCGAAUGACAUUUCAAAAAUUAUUAUCCACUACGUGCCCAUACCUAAUUCUGUCGGCUGUGGAGCGGGCUAAGGCUCGCCAGCGGUUUUAGUCUGGUAAGGAUUUGCCCGUGAUUCGGCAUUCUGUAUGAAGACAGUGCGCCUUAUUGCACAUCACCGGCGCUGACAUUUGAGAGCAAGCCCCAGCCUAAUUUAUCCGUUUGAGAAGGGGGAGAAUCCGGCUGAGCGUCAGGUCUGUGUUGUUGGUGUGUCUGCCACCACCGAGGGACUCUGUGCCCGUGACCGACACCCCCGUGUGGGACGUACAGCGGGACGGCCGGCUAAAGUGUUUCACCGCAUCAACAGGCAGACCUUCCUGCCCUCCUAACUAAACUGCUUUUCAGCGGCGUCGGGAGGCGCUCGUCAGAUUUCCACGCACGUCAGCUCGGAGCGGCGCGCAGAUCCCGGCGCCUCGGGCGUGUGUUAACGGUGCAUAUGCAGGCGUACUGCUGAUAGGACAUCGCCACCUCCGUCAGAAUGCGCUGAUACUGCCGGUACGGCUCUGCUAGAUGUACAGACACACACGGAGCCAGGUGCACAGGGCGGCAGUUCACUCUGCGAGGAAUGCCGUCAAGACUGCUCUACACUAUAACUCAUACUGUAGGCGGCUUGCAAGGCAAGGAGCGCCUCCAAAUGUAGAAAUUGGCUGGUGCAAGAAACCUCCGUACCACCGCUGUUACCGGACCGCCCAACACUUCUGAAGAACGAUGAAGGCCCUGAACUCAUCUGAAGUAAAGGCUCAGGUCAAGACAGUCAUCGAUGACCUUGAGAAUGUCCUUGGCGAGCUGCGGGAGGUGGUGACAGAACUGCGGGGUAUCGUGGACCAAAUUGACACCAUCACGGCUCGGCUUGACAUCGAUGGGGAGGGGGAACCGCAGGCGCAAGAGACAAAUCCUUCCUCGAGCGCAAGAGAGCCCCCGAACGGCCGAGUUACGUCACCGCACCACUUCGAACUGGGGCAAACAGAACAUGCUGACCGUCGGGGGCAAACUCCGGGAGGCACGGCACACAACCAACAUCUUCUCAAUGGCGACUUGACUGCUGAACAAGAACACCAGAACAUUCAUACCGCACAGGCAUCUGCAAUCCCAAACCACUCGCCUAACCCAGUUAACACACAUGCACUUUCACAGACUACCACAAUCCGCCAAACUCAACAUGGAAGCCUUCUCAGGCGCCAUCGGGUUGGGGAAGACCACGUUAUCUCACCUUCGGUCGUGCGAGCGCUGACACUGGGUAGAGGCAUACCAAACGGACACGUCAAUACAUACCAGCGAGGUUUCAGUGUGGACCAAGCCAUUAGUCAGCGGGAUAGACAGACUCACGCAUCGACGCUUCCAAGGCAAAACCUCGGGCCUGGAGCUGCUGCAUCGCUCAAUGGUGAUAUCAGUGCGUCUCCCACGCGGUUUGGCACUUUCAGGGAUGGAUACAGCACCGGAAGCGGUCAGUCUCAAAGAAAGACGAAGCCCGCUCCUCCCCAACGAAGAAGCGCAACACUCGGUGACUACGCCGACUACAUGACGUUACCGGGGCGAGCCUCGGGAGAUAAUAGUAGACAGGCUAGGAAAGAAUCCUUUCGCAGCGCAAAAUCCCAGAACCUGGGGCGGGAAUUCGAAAGAAGACGGGAACGGUGUGACUCGGUGCCAGGGAGUGUUCUGAGAACUCACAGCACUAGCAGUGCCACAAGUACCAAAAAGGAAAAGAGGGUGGAGUUUAGGACAGACGACGUCGAUGGUUCAGGCAGGGCAGAGUUGACACGACAACACAGUCUAAAACAGAGGGAUUACGAGGCCAUACAGAGAGAGCGUUACGCGGGAAGAGACGCGGGAAGGGAGACAGCGGUCAGAACAGAGAACCCCCGCACACGGUGGAAGACAUGUCCACGGCCCAUGUCUGUCCCGACAAGCUGGGUGCAGGACGAGGAGGGUAGCUGGCACAGAAUUGCUCAGAAUUCUUUAGCCAGUGACUAUGGCAGCCUAGAAAGCUUCCGGUCAGGUGGAAACUACAGCAGUAUGGAAAGCUUCCGCUCCGAAUCACCUGGGGUGGCGACCAAGACCAUGGACAGCAGGCGGCCAGGCACCGCCCCAGGUAGAGAAGCUGCCCCACCUGGACCCAGUGCAGGAGUGGGCGGAGAUCCCACUGCAACUUACGCCACCAUCAACCGACAGGCAAGAUCGCAGUAUUCAACCGUCGCCUCUCCAAGUAAAGGUCAAUCUCGACAGGGGGGAAAAGGAAAAGAUAUUCUGAUGACAGAGCUGUGAGAUGACAAAUGGAGAGUACGCUUUAGCUUUUACAGAAAGCCUCUACCGUCUUCACAUGACAAAUCGGAAUUCAAUAUCAUCCAAACCGCACGCCUAUUUUCCAGAAACUGCUGCGACGGACUUUAAGUGGCCCUGUGUGCAGUUUGCUUACAAUAACGAAUUCAAUUUCACACCUAACGCCGACAAACGUCUUUUCAAUCGAUCUGCGGUCAGUGGUUUUCGUCUCCCUAAAUGCCUGAAAUGAAGGCAAGAGUAAAAGUUGGCUUUGCAAUCUAUCUGGAUGAACGCUGUCAAUAGCGAAGCAAUCUACAUUCAGCGCAGUAAGAAAAUUCACGAACUGCUGUCAGUCGUCAAUUGCUAUCAUCGCCGAUGCAGAACGCAUACCUUCCUGUGCCCUUCAUCGUUCUGCCCUCAUCAUUUCAUCUCGGCGGACUGGCGCACUGAUUCGCACGUCCACAGGGGACCCCAGAAAUCGAAACGUGAUUGUCACGAAAGAAGCACGAUGUGCAACACAGACACCGAUGUCUUUGAUUUACUCCGGGAUCAAAUUAAAGCCCGCCCGCAAGCAAGCUCGUCCAUCAUGAGAUGGGUCAUUCACAAGAUAGUACAUGGCCUCUUCUGGUCAGGCAGUGGAGAAAGGAUAUAUAACCUAGCACUUACAAUAAAUUAAGUCUACGCUAUGAAAUGUAUCCGUUAGAUAUGUUCCGCGAAGUAGAUUAUAGUAUUUCUCUGUGUUGUGAAGCUUGCAGCUGAUUAUUCGGCGUAAUAAAUCACCAUUCAUCACAAGCCAAUACCGGACCUUCAAUCUGAUCAAUGAGGCCGAGCAAAACGUUUUGCACCCGAGGAACUGACCCAGGAAAUUAGGUUCUGUGCCCUAGCGUGGGUUCGAUAUUAGAUUAUGUGUGGUGGGCAAAGUGCCCUUGGAUACUUCCUCUGCUAAUUUUGUGAAGUUGAACGAUGGACUUCUGGGUUGUGGAAACUUUUGGGAAUCGUCACAUGAU